GUUUCUUAUAGCAACAGAUAAAUCGCUGUAGCCAAAAGCACCGUAUGUCCUAGCGCACCUGCCCUGUCUUGUCUUUGCCAGCUGCCAGGAGAAGCUGCACACAGAUCAGUUGGCCUGUUUCAACACAAUAAAACCACAGGUAUAACUUAUAACGUAAGUGCCCCAUUUUUGGACGCUUGGCAGACGCUAUAGCUUCGGCCGGGCAACACCCCUUCCUGCCCAAAACCCUUCAUUAACACUGCCAACAAUGGCGGACGGAGGUGGCGAUUUGGUCGCGGAGUUCAUGGAGAUCACAGGGGCGGACGACGGUGUUGCCAUCCAAAUGCUCGAGGCCGCCAACUUUAGCCUUGAGGAAGCCCUGGGCCUCUUUUAUGCUGCGGAAGGGGAUCUUGUUGGAGGACGAGCAGGGGGAUCAGCCGCAAGGGGUGGCGGUUCCGCCGCGGGUGGUGCUUCAGCUGCAGGAGGCCCAAUGCACACCGCCGACGACGAGGACGCCGUGCGUGCUCCCCUACCCACAAAAGUCGAACGCCUGUACGGCGACGAAUUCGACCCGCGUGCCAUGGCAGCCCGUUACCACGGUCUCAGCGGCCGGUCACAGCCCCAGCCGACCCACAUCGACGUCUUCCGUGACUUCCGCGCGGAGACGGAGGCGGCCCAGUCCGCCAGCACAGCGGCCGCCGCGGCCGGGGAUGCUGCGGGCGGCAACGGCGGCGGCGGCGUGCAGGGUCUGUCGGGUCUGUUCAAGCUGCCCGCCGACCUGGUGUUCCCCGGCACCGUGGAGCUGGCCAAGAGCCGCGCCGCCGCGGAGGGCCGGUGGCUGCUGGUGAACGUGCAGUCGCCCACCGAGUUCGCCAGCCACCGGCUGAACCGCGACACCUGGUCGCACGAGGCGCUCAAGGAGGUGCUGAAGGGCACGUUCGUGUUCUACCAGACCUACGAGAACAGCCCUGACGGCCGCGCGCUGGUGCAGGCCUACCGCCUGGCCUCUCUCAGCCCCCCCGGCUGCCCCGCCUGCCCCGCCAUCCUGGUUGUGGACCCCAUCACGGGCGCGCAGCUGUGGCACCGCGCGGGCUUCAUGGACCCCGAGAAGCUGAUGGAGGAGCUGGUGCCGUUCAUGGACCACGGACCGCUGGACGCGGGCGCCUCCAGUCUGGCGCUCAACAACAUGAAGCGCAAGGCGGCUCCUGCACCCUCAGCAGCCGCAGCCGCAGGCGGACCCACGGGUCGCGGCUCCAAGCCCCUGAGUGAGGACGAGGAGCUGGCGCUGGCCAUCGCCAUGUCCAUGGAGCGGGGCGGCGGGGCUGGGAGUGCGGGUGCGGGUGAGGCCAUGGAGGUGGGCAGCGAGGGCGGGGGUGCGGGGGCCGGGGACGAGCUGGACGACCUGGACGAGGCCGCCAUCUGGGAGCAGAUACGGCAGGCGGAGCAGCGGCAGCAGGCGCAGCAGGCGGAGGAGCAGGCGCAGACGCAGGCGGCUAGCAGCAAGAAGUCGCCCGAGGAGGUUGCCGCCGAGGCGCGCGCGCGUGUGCCCCCCGAGCCCGCGGAGGGCGACCCCGACUCGCUGCGAGUGGCGCUGCGGCUGCCGGACGGCUCGCGGCUCACUCGCCGCUUCCGCCGCUCCGAGCCCGUGCGGGCGCUGAUGGACCUGGCGCUGGGGGCGGUGGCGGCGGCGGCGGCGGGGCGCAGCCUGGUCAUCUCGCACGCCAUGCCGGGCGGGGGGGUGCUGUCGGACCCGG